AAUAAGUACUGUAUGCGAGUUAAGUGUGGCGGCGUUAAUAUUUUUCCCACGAACCCUAACCCACCCUAAUCCAUCCUAAACUGCCUUAAAACCUAACCCUAGUCCUAAACUUAACCAUAACAAACGUAUUUGUUUUUAAUUCGUACAAAUGUGACACAUGUUUGGGAUGGUGAUCAGGAGCCAAUCAUGUUGUAAUGACGCGUGUCCUACCUAGAAACUAAGUGGGAAUCCUGGUAACGCGUUGCGGCUCGGCAAAGCGCAACGUACUGGAGAAAAAUACAACAGAAAGUGGCGAAUACGCCAGGCGGCAAGGACACCCAACAGUGAAUAAUUAAAGGAACUUUACUCCAAGAGGAUGCAAAGCAGUGAAAUGCUGAAAACGGAAAAGAUGGACAAUCUGAAUCAGUGUAAGGAGAGGCUAAGGGUGUGUGUGGCGACAUGCAACAGGGCGGACUACUCGAAGCUGGCCCCUAUCAUGUUUGGGAUCAAAUCCCACCCUGAUGAGUACGACCUGGAUGUAGUGGUGCUUGGUUCGCAUCUUAUUGAUGAUUAUGGGAACACUUUUCGAAUGAUUGAGCAGGAUGACUUUGACAUCAGCUCCAAACUGCACACGAUUGUUAGAGGGGAGGAUGAGGCAGCCAUGGUGGAGAGUGUUGGGCUUGCUCUGGUCAAACUUCCAGAUGUCCUACAAAGACUGCGGCCGGAUAUUGUUAUUAUCCAUGGAGAUCGUUUCGAUGCACUGGCUCUAGCAACUUCUGCAGCACUGAUGAACAUUAGAAUACUUCACCUAGAAGGAGGAGAGGUGAGCGGGACGAUUGAUGACUCUAUCCGCCACGCCAUCAGUAAACUGGCCCAUUACCAUGCCUGCUGCACACGAAGGGCAGAGCAACACCUCAUUUCCAUGUGUGAAGACCACUCUCGUAUCUUGCUGGCUGGCUGUCCCUCCUACGAUAAGCUGCUAUCACCUCAUAACCAAGACUAUUUGGAUAUCAUCAAGAGCUGGUUGGGCGACAAUGUGUGGGAUCAUGACUACAUUGUGGCUUUGCAGCACCCUGUCACCACUGAUAUUCAGCACUCUAUUAAGAUCUAUGGACUCAUGCUGGACGCACUUGUCUCCUUCAAGAAAAGAACCCUCAUACUCUUUCCCAACAUCGAUGCUGGAAGCAAAGAAAUGGUGCGUGUAAUGAGAAAAAAGGGCAUUGAGCAGCAUCCCAACUUUCGGGCAGUGAAACACAUUCCCUUUGAGCAGUUCAUUCAACUAGUGUCCCAUGCCGGCUGCAUGAUUGGAAACAGCAGCUGUGGUGUGCGAGAGGCCGGGGCCUUUGGCACGCCGGUUAUCAACCUGGGAACAAGACAAACAGGCAGAGAGACAGGUGAAAAUGUUCUGCAUGUAAGGGAUGCCGACUCGCAUGAUAAGAUCUACCAUGCUCUGCAGCUGCAGUUUGGAAAGAGAUACCCCUGUUCCAAGAUCUAUGGUGAUGGAAACGCCGUCCCUCGCAUUCUCAAGUUCUUACAAACUAUUGACCUGAAUAAGCCCCUUCAGAAGACAUUCUGCUUCCCCCCAGUGAAAGACUCAAUCUCCCAAGACAUUGAUCAUAUCCUGGAGAAACAAAGUGCUUUGGCUGUGGACCUUGGUGGGACCAACCUCAGAGUAGCAAUUGUCUGCUCUCGGGGUAAUAUAAUGAAGAAAUAUACUCAACCAAAUCCAAAAACCUUUGAGUCCAGGAUGCAGCUGAUAUUGAAAAUGUGUGAAAAGGGCAUGCAAGAUGCAGUAUCUCUCAACUGUAGGAUACUGGGUGUUGGAGUGUCAACUGGCGGACGCGUAAACCCACAAGAGGGUGUGGUACUGGACUCAACAAAACUAAUCCAGGAGUGGACCUCUGUGGAUUUGAGAACACCCAUCUCUGAUACCUUUCACUUGCCUGUCUGGGUGGACAAUGACGGAAACUGUGCAGCCUUGGCCGAAAAGAUGUUUGGUCAUGGUAAAGGAGUAGAGAACUUUGUCACUGUCAUCACAGGAACAGGUAUUGGAGGAGGGAUUAUCCAGCAUAACGAGUUGAUCCAUGGCAACACUUUCUGCGGCGCUGAACUGGGUCACAUCAUUGUGUCGUUAGAAGGCCCGGAGUGCUCAUGUGGAAACCGAGGAUGCAUCGAGGCAUAUGCUUCUGGCCUGGCCUUGCAGAGAGAGGCCAAAAAAAUUAAUGAUGACGAAGUGCUGAAAGUGGAGGGGUUGGAUAUAAAGCUCUCUGAGCCCAUCACUGCUGCUCACCUCAUCAGUGCAGCAAGACUGGGGAACGCCAAAGCUGUAGCUAUUCUCAACAAGGCCUCCAUGGCAUUAGGCAUGGGCAUUAUCAACAUCCUGCACACAAUCAACCCCUCACUAGUGAUCUUAUCUGGUGUCUUAGCCUCGAUCUACCAAGACCCGGUGAUGCGCCUUAUCUCUAGUAGAGCCCUCAUACCUGCUCAGAGCACUAAGGUGGUCACAUCAGACUUGGAAGAACCCGCUUUACUAGGAGCUGCGAGCAUGGUGUUAGACUAUGCUACAAAAAGGACUUAUUAAAGGAUACACAUAUUCAUUGUCUCUUUAAUCAUGGAGGACUUCUGCCAUCAAGAAAACAUCAUCUUAAUAAGUAAACAAACUAAGGGUGGGACUCCAUUAAAAAUAUGAAUUAAUUUAUAAUGAAUUAAUCUCAAUCAAUUGCAUUUGAAUUGUAUAACCAUAUUUGUCCUAAAAGCAACAUGGUUUAAUUUUAGGAUACUUUUUUUUAUAACAAUAUGGCCUUAUACAGUUUCUACGUGGCACUUGAAAAGUUGGAUCACAUGUUGGAGGAUUGAAGUGCUUUGGUGGUAUGAAAACUCUUUUUUUCGCACAGUUUAUACAAAACCACGCUUAUCAAGGCUUUCAUUGGGUAGUUUUUUUUGGUUUUGUUUUUUUUAAUGAAAUUUGCUUCCCAUCAGUCCUGGCAACGCUGUUUCAUAUAUAUGAAUAGGUAGAAACAACACGUCCCUUUUGAGCUGUGUGCCUACAGCGAAGCUAAGCGAGGAGGGUAUUAGUAGUCAGCGCAUUCAAUGUGUGUGGACGGCAACAAAACCAAAAGACCAAGGAUGCCGGGACAUUGCGCAGCAUUCAAUUACGUACAAUGGCGUACAAUUACAACAAGGGAACUGGGAGUAACCUUUCACAGGUAUAAAUGUUUUUGGGGCAUUUUAACAGUGAGGAAGACCGCAGCUGCCCCAUCUUGUCAUCUCUGUGCUUUUGCACACAAAACAUUCUGAGCUCUUUUUUAGCCUGUUUUAAAAGAGCGUUUUGCGCUUUGUUAGUGGAAGGCUAACAACUAUAGUACUGAGGAAUGUAAAAUAAAACGAAAAGUCUGAAAAUUUGGGGGAAGCCAGCAACCACAUAAGUCAUUGUUUUAUUUAACUUGCCCUCAGAGUGGAGCAUACUGUAUGUACAUGUAUGUCACCAUCCUGCGUAACAUUGCCUUUAAAACUUGGGACAGUAUGUGCGUUAUGUUGUGUCAUACUUAUGUGGCUUUAUAGCGUCGCUCGACUGUUUGUGACCGGCUCCAAGUCAGCCUUUUAUCAUCCACAAGCUCCAAAAUGGAAUAGGCAAUGUGUCUAAAUAUUUUUUGUUAGCAUAAUAUUUGUACGAGCAGAAAAGUUCUUCUCGUCACUUUUCAUUUUGCCCUAUGCUUCGUUGAGCAGUGCCGUGCAGCUGCCGUUCACGCAGGCUACUACUAGGUAUGUUAGUAAAACCUUCAAACUACCUGUAUAUCAAAGUAGAGUAUAUUAUUGGAUAAAGAUUUGAAACAUGAAUAAAAUGAGCCCGAGUUUGUAAAAAUCAGAUAAGGAUUAAGGAUUUUAUGCCACAUUUUAUGUUACAAAUUGGCCCAAAUUUACUUGUCCACAAAUCAAUGUAAAUCAAUACAAAAUGUGUGACUGAAACCUUGACUCUUUGGUAGAAAAAUGCCCAUUUGUUUCUUAUUAGUUGAGAUGAAAAUGUGAGGUUUGAACAGGGCAUUUUGAGAUUUUUCAAUAGCGGCGUUCACGCGACCCAUCUUAUUCCGGGCCACAACGAGAGCAAGCUAAUCGUCAGAUUUACUUCAAACUUAACCGAAAACAAGAAUAGUAAUAGUUCAUCACGUUGGUGUAUCUUUCACUCGUGUCGAAAUCCUAAGGAUGUGUGAUUUUUGGAGGCCGGACUCAAGGAAAAAAUUCAUCUUUGUCAGAACCACAGAAAAUCUCCUCUGAAUUGAAAAUUUCAAAAACGAGUUGGUCAAGGGAUUUUCCAACGUUGUCAUCGGCCAGAAAAAAAACAAAGAUUAACUUGCGUGAAACUAUGAGAUAAUGUGAUUUUGGUGCACCUUCGCGAAAUACAAGUGCAGGGAAUGAAAAUGGCAGCUGGUUAUCUGGAUUUAGUAACAUACAUACUAAUACUAUAUAGAAGCCUCACACAAAGGCACACAUAAAAAAACGAACAAAAAAAAAAGACAAAGGCACACAAUGAUUGACAGUAGUACUUUUUGCUCACUGAAACUUGAACUGUUUAAUUUUACUUCGGGAGCAUGCCGUAGCGUUGACAAACUAAACCUAACACCAUGGCUACCUUGUGAGCUGGAAGUACAGUCCCCUCCAAAAGUAUUGGAACGGCAAGGUCAAUGCCUUUGUUUUUUUAUGUACACUGAAGACAUUUGCGUUUCAGAUCAAAGGAUGAAUAUGAGACAAAAGUUCAGAAUUCCACCUUUUAUUUCAUGGUAUUUACAUCUAGAUGUGUUAAACAACUCAGGAAAGAGCACCUUUUGUUUGAAGCCACACACUUUUCAAGUGAGCAAAAGUAUUGGAACAGACAUUAAAUUAACUUAAAGUGAGUAACGUAAUAUUUGGUGGCGUAACCCAUACUUGCAAUAACUGCAUCAAGCAUGCAACCCAUUGACUUCACCAGACUGUUGCGAGAGAGAGCACAAAAUGCGAUUAAAAUGCGUAAUUUUUUUAAACUAAUUCAUCGACCCUGAACGGGAUAAGCGUAUUGAGAAUGGAUGGAUGGAUUAAUUUGUUUGUAAUUUAUUCAUCACGAAUAAUGUGUUAAAGUUCCACCCCAAAACCAAACCUAUCCAGUUUUGUUUAUUAUUUUUAAAAAUGCGUUAGGCCCAUUUCUUUUUGCCAUUUGGGGUUUUUGUAAAUGGGACUCAUUCUCCAAAUGUUGACAGUUUAUUCAUCCCGAACCAAAGGUUGGCCAUAUUCCCGCAUGGAGACUAACCCUGUGUAAAAUGAAUCCAUUGUGCAAUCAAUCAGAUCAAAUCUGAUCAAAUUGUCCUGAUUAAAAAGAAAAGCAGGUAGUUUUGUUUUUACAAAAAUAUAGCAUGAGAACAUACACCAGGUAGUAAUUUGCUGAUGUAAAAUAACUAGCCCAUUAAAAGGCUUGUUGCGCUCAUGACCAAAUUUUAGCUAGACACUAUCUUUCUACAGGGUGAUUGAAAAGUAACUCCCUAUUUUAAAAUACUUAUUUAUUCAUAUGUUGUAAUAUUUUUCUCAAAGUUUUUGUGUAUGUUCCAUGAUUAAAGGAGCAAGUCUAUUCUACCAAACCAACGACUUUGGAAGAACUUGAAGGGCGAAUACGAGAUGUUGUCUUCCAUCCCACAAGAGUUCCUUGUGAAAUCAGUUAAUGCGGUUCCCAGGCGGCUUGAGAAACUGGUGGCUAAUGCUGGCGCCCAUAUCAAAUUUUAAAUAAAAUUCCAUGCAAUACACUUUAUUCUCAUGUUCAUUUCUUGUAACAAUUAUAGUUCAGAAAUAAAUAAGUACUUAAAAAUAGGGAGUUACUUUUCAAUCACCCCCGGUAUAUUUCUUCUUCUUUAACCUUUCUACAAAUGCUGUUUAAGAUUAUGGUGACUAUCGCUAUAUAACAUUAUACAUUCCACAUUCAGUGUCUUAUUAUUAAUCAUUCUUGAAGACUUGGAAGGGGGAAAUAUUGAUUUUGGCUAGUGGUCUCAAAGACUUGAUAAUUUCCCUAAAAUUGAAAUAAUUUAAUUAUUGAAUUAUAGGCUGUUGUAACUGAAACUUACUCUUUUUACUGCUAUGAUGAAGAAUGGUUGUAGUGGUAUACAUUUGACGUAUUAUUCUUUCUAAUUCCAUUGUGGGUUUUUUUUUCAUUGGUUUAUGAUGGUCCAAGUAAAUACACAAUGAAGGAGUUUCAUUUAAAGCACCUUUCUACCUUUAAGGUAGCUUUUUAACAAUGUUACCUCAUUCACAUAAUUAUGUGUGACAUGGAAGAACAGUAAGCAGCUCAUGAACCAUCGUUGGGGAACUGAGUGUUGAAUCAACAUUUUUCCCAUGCUAUACAACACGGCCAUUGUACCGCCUCUGCCAUGUCCUAUUUUACAUGCCUAUAUAAUAUACACACACAUAUGUAUGUACACGUUGAGUUAAAUAAAGAGAAUACUAUUUGUGA